CGGUGUUUUUUUUUUUAUUAAUUAUUUAUGUUAUUAAAAAUGUAUUAAAAUGUGCGCAAUAUAGACGACUCAAACGUGUGGCUUGAAAUGAAAUAUUGGUCAUUUAAUUUUGUAGUAUACCAUAAAUAUUUAAACUUGAAGCAUAACCGGUCUGUUUGAAAACAAACCAUGUCGGACGCAUGGGAAGAAAUCCAAGCCGUCAAAAGCAAGAGAAAUAGUUUGAGAGAGAAAUUGGAAAAGAGAAAGAAAGAAAGACAGAAUAUUCUUGGUGCUACCUUACCUAGCGAUAAAAAUGACGGUGCGCAAGUUGCAACUAGCAGCUCAAAAGAUAGGGCGACCGGGAGCCCGGCACCGGGGAAAGCUGAAAGUAAAUCUCCAACUCAAGCAGAAAAACCAAAGCCCCUAAUGCCAUCAGCUUCAUUAGAAGUGCGCUUGUUGCAAGUUCUAUCUGACAUGCAGCUACAAUUACCUGCCACUGCGAGUGCUCUUUUACCGGGACUCGGGGAUGUUGACACUGGUAUUGUAGCCAGCUUACUACAAAAGUUUGCAACCCAGAAGCUUAUUACAAUAAAGGAAAGAACGGAGAGCACAACUGAUGCUAGUAUUGAAGUGGAGAGUGCUGAAUCUGUGAGAUUGGCAGCAGUAUUAGCCGCUCUAAUGGAAGAACAGUCUUCUACCACUAAAAGAAAAGGUGACAACACUACAGAAGAAGGUCCAAAUCCAAAGAUUUCGAAAUCAACGACGGAUGAAAAAAAGUCAGGAAAAAAUGAUACAGAUAUAAUGUCAUUGUUGGCAAUGCCGUCGAGUCGAGAAAAGGCUGUGAAAAGAGUGGGAGAAGAAAUAAUGGAUCUGCUCAGCAAGCCGACGGCUAAAGAAAAAUCUCUUGCUGACAAGUUUAAAAGUCAGGGAGGCGCACAGGUGAUGGAGUUCUGCCCGCACGGCACGCGCGGCGAGUGCGAGCGCGCACGCGCGGCGGGCGGCUGCCGCAAGCUGCACUUCAAGAAGAUCAUCCAGGGACACACGGACGAGACGCUCGGCGACUGCUCCUUCCUCAACACCUGCUUCCACAUGGACAGCUGCAAAUAUGUUCAUUAUGAAGUGGAUAACGCGGACCCUAAUGUGAACGCAAGCAAAGCGGCUGCAGAACCUACUGCGAAGGCUAGUCAUAAUGGUACAAACGUGGUACCAAAACCCGACGGUGUUCUGACUCUGACCCCCCCUCAGUGGAUACAAUGUGACCUCCGAUAUCUUGACAUGACUUUUUUAGGUAAAUUCGCAGUUAUUAUGGCAGAUCCACCCUGGGACAUUCACAUGGAACUGCCUUAUGGUACGAUGUCUGAUGAUGAAAUGAGAUGCUUAGGAGUGCCACAGUUACAGGACAGUGGCUUAAUAUUCCUUUGGGUAACUGGCAGGGCGAUGGAACUGGGUCGAGAGUGCCUUAAGUUGUGGGGCUACGAGCGAGUCGACGAACUGAUCUGGGUGAAAACCAACCAGCUGCAACGCAUCAUACGCACGGGACGGACGGGACACUGGCUGAACCACGGCAAGGAACACUGUCUGGUUGGUAUGAAAGGUAACCCGGAGAACUUGAACCGCGGCCUGGACUGUGACGUCAUCGUCGCGGAAGUACGCGCCACGUCACACAAACCGGACGAAAUUUAUGGAAUUAUAGAGAGACUGAGCCCAGGCACGCGAAAAAUAGAGCUUUUUGGUCGACCACAUAAUGUUCAACCCAAUUGGAUAACUCUAGGAAACCAAGUAGAUGGAGUAAGACUCGUCGAUCCAGAGCUGAUAGCAGCUUUCAAGAAGAGAUAUCCCGAUGGCAACUGCAUGGCACCACCGACCCCUGACCCUGGUCUACCGUAGAAAUGAAAUGACAUUUUAAGUUUUGAACGUUAAAAUGUGUUAAAGUGGUAAAAAAGUUGUUUUGCUCAUCAUCCUCGUGAAAAUAAUGCACAGAAUUUAACUAAAGUUUAAAUUUUAUUAUUGUUAUUUAAAUAACAAAUAAUUUUAA